AGGGUCAGCUUUUACGGAAGUAGAUAAACCUGUACAAUCUGUGAAUUUGUGUUUAAGGCCGUUUAAUCCAUUUAAUGUGACCUACAUUAAGACCUAGGAGCGUAAUUUACAUUUGACUACAUCGCAAACAUUUGUGCAGGUUUUCAUUCUGUGCGGUGUUUUGUAUUACACUGUAGUCUGUUCUGAGGAAAAUAGACGAAAACAUCAACUUACCAUCAUGGUGUACUUAUCUCUCAAUGUACAAACCAUUUUGACGGGACUUACCAUUGGUUACCUGGUGUAUUACGUCAUCAAACGCAUGCGGUAUCGUCUGCCACCAGGUCCCUGGUGCAUACCACUUGUUGGGCAUUAUAAAAUUUACGCCUCAGUUGAAAUUCAUAAGAAGAUUGCAGAACUUUCUAAGAAAUAUGGUCCAGUUGUACGAAUCUCAUUUGGCCCAAAGAUGUGGAUUGUUCUGAAUAAUAUUGACGUUACACUGGAGGCAAUGGUGAAAAAGAAAGCAGAUUUUGCUGGGAGACCGAAAAUCAAUUCAAUUGAGGUAUUUACUGAGGGUGGAAAGGACAUUGCAUUCACAACCUAUUCGCCUACGUGGAAAUUGCACAGGAAAAUAGCAGGCAAAGCUUUAAGGUAUUUCUGUGAAAAAUAUUGAUACAUCAAUUGAAA